AUGGCUUCCACCAAAAUUUUGUUUCUUCUGUUCAUUAGCCCAAUCUUUUCUCCUGCAACUGAAGCACAGGAUGGAAAUCCUCUUUACCACUACUGCAGUUCCAACCAAACCUUCAGUGCAAAUAAUGCCUUCCAGUCGGACCGCACCACCCUCCUCUCUUCCUUAGCUUCCGCCAACAUUGAGUUCUUCAACUUCACCGUUGCCAGUGGCGGCGACACUGUCUACGGCCUCUUCAUGUGCCGGGGCGAUGUCAACCUUCAGCUGUGCCACCAAUGCGUCGUUAACGCAACCCAACGAUUAACUGUCAUGCACAAGGGUCCAGAUGACCCAACACGAAUGCGGGAUCCAUCUGGGGCCCAUGGCCCAUUGAGCAUACAAGGAUCCAGAAGGAAGAGUCAGAGAGCACGACAUAAUACACGAAUGAAGGAAUUGCAAGCUGAACAGAAGAGAACCAAUGAGUUUAUCGAUGAAGCUCGCGAUAGAUUUAAUAAGCUAGAAGGCAUGAUGGAAGCGUUGAUGACCCGAAUGGAUAUAAUGAGCCAGAGGUGGGACACUAAUACGAAGGAAGAGACGGGCGAUCCUACGAAGACUAAUACUCAAACGGUGCCUUACGUUCAUACUGUGGGGAAGCAAAUUAAAGUGGACUUUCCAAGAUUUGACGGGUCCGAUGCAUUAAACUGGAUCUUCAAGGCUGAACAAUAUUUCAAGUACUAUGAAAUGACUGAUGCUCAGAAGCUAGUGAUUGCCUCUGUCCAUAUGGAAGGGGAGGUGUUACCCUGGUUCCAGAUGUUAGAAAGGACGGGCAGGGUCCCCACUUGGUACACCCUGGUAAAGGCGGUCGAAGCCCAAUACGGACCGUCAGAGUUCAAUUGUGCAAGGUCACAGCUGUUCAAACUUGUGCAGCGGGGCCCUCUUGACGAGUACAAUGAGAAAUUCAUCGCAUUGGCUAACCGAACAGAGGAGAUACCAGAGUCUGCUCUCUUAGAUUGCUAUCUCGGGGGACUGAAACCUGAGUUGAAGAAAGAAGUAUUGGUACAGAGACCACUCACAGUGCUCAAGGCAAUGUCGAUCGCUCGCUUAUUUGCAGAAGCAUCAGAACAGAGUGUGGUUACUAAAACACGAAGCAACGCAUACUAUGGAGGUGGCGGAUACCUGAGUAAGGGAAUGGGGACUCAUUCUAAUACAUCGACAGGAUCCUUGACAAAUCUGAGCGGUGGAGGAAAAACGAAUCUACCGCCAUUAUUACCCACGCCUAACCGCCCACCGAUCAAGAAAAUCACUCCGGCAGAAAUGCAAAUCCGGCGGGAGAAGGGGUUGUGCUACACAUGCGAUGAGAAAUUCUCCCCAACACAUAAAUGUGCCAAUAAACAAUUAAUGAUGCUCCACAGUGAAGAAGAUUCGGAAGACGUGACUGAAGAGCACGACGAGGUCCCUGUUGAGAGCACCUUCCAUCAUUUAUCUCUCCAUGCAUUGAGAGGAACGCAAGGGCCAGCAACUAUCCGGUUCAAUGGAUCAAUAUAUGGCACAAAUGUGCAAAUCUUGUUGGAUGGUGGGAGCUCGGACAACUUCCUACAUCCGAGAAUCGUGCAGCACUUGCAACUACCGGUAGAACAGACUACAGAGGUCCGAGUGCUAGGGGGAAUCGGACCAAUAAAGAGAACGAACCAAGUGGUUGUUGACGUGCCUGUCAAGAUUUGUGACUACACUCUCAAGAUGACCAUGUUGGUGCUACCCGUGGCUGGCGUGGAUAUGGUUAUAGGAGCGGAUUGGCUUGAGACACUGGGGCCCCACGUAGCCGAUUAUAGUACAUCUACUGUAAAAUUUCUGACCAAUGGGCAAUGGAUCACUUUAAGGGGGUUUCGAGGCAAACCGAUGGCUCAGGCAACUUUUCAUCAUUUAGUUCGAAUCCAGCAGACGGAUUCUAUGGCAGAAUGUUUUAUGGUGGAAGCAGUAGACCCGCAGUUCAUAGAAAUCCCUGAAGACCUCCCUUCAGACCUGGCACUCGUGCUAAAAUCUUACAGCUCAGUCUUCCAAAAACCCAGGGGGCUGCCUCCCUCUCGAGACCAUGAACAUCGCAUUGAAUUAUUACCAGGAACACAACCAGUCAAAGUAAGGCCCUACAGAUACCCGGUGAGUCAGAAAACAGAGAUCGAGCAAAUAGUAGAGGAUCUCUUGAAUGAAGGUUUAAUACGGCCCAGUAGUAGUCCAUUCUCAGCGCCUGUUAUCUUGGUAAAAAAGAAAGACGGAACCUGGCGUUUCUGUAUUGAUUACAGAGCAUUGAACGCAGUAACGGUGAAAGACGCAUUCCCUAUGCCUACCGUGGAUGAAUUGAUCGACGAACUCCAUGGAUCUGUCUUCUACUCAAAAUUGGACCUACGUUCUGGAUACCAUCAGAUCCUCAUGCGUGAAUCAGACCGAGAGAAAACGGCGUUCCGUACCCACCAGGGGUUGUACGAAUGGAUGGUCAUGCCCUUCGGCCUUACAAAUGCGCCGGCCACAUUCCAGUCCUUAAUGAAUUCAAUUUUUCGGCCCUAUCUACGGCGGUUUGUCCUAAUAUUUUUUGAUGAUAUUUUGAUAUACAGCGACACGUGGGAGCUACAUUUGAAUCAUGUUGAAUUAGUCUUGGACACACUGGCUCGACACCGGUUAUUUGCAAAAAUGUGCAAGUGUGCAUUCGGGCGACGUCGGAUCGAAUACUUGGGUCACGUAAUAUCUGAAAGAGGCGUUGAAAUGGAUGAGUCCAAAGUAAAAGCCAUACAAGACUGGCCGCAACCAACCAACGCUACGCAACUCAAAGGCUUCCUGGGUCUAAGUGGAUAUUACCGUCGUUUUAUAAAGAAGUAUGCCCAAAUAGCUAGCCCAUUAACAAAAUUGUUGGGUAAGGAUGCUUUUGACUGGACCAACGAGGCUCAAUGUGCUUUUGAAACGCUGAAAGAAGCCAUUAUCCAGGCCCCAGUGCUUAUUCUUCCAGACUUUACGAAGCCCUUCAUCUUGGAGACUGACGCGUCGGGUAUUGGUUUGGGCGCUGUGCUUAGCCAGGACGGUCAUCCUAUUGCCUUCUUCUCUAAAAAGCUAUCCCCUCGAAUGCAAGCGCAGUCAGUUUACGUUCGUGAACUUAUGGCCAUUACAGAAGCGAUUUCGAAAUUCCGCCACUAUCUCUUCGGUCAUUACUUCAUCAUUCGAACAGAUCACGCCAGUCUCAAGCAUUUGGGGGACCAAGUCAUUCAAACACCAGAACAAGAAGCGUUUCUGCCAAAACUCUUAGGAUAUCGAUUUGAUAUUGAAUAUAAGCCAGGUCGCCACAAUCAAGCAGCCGACGCUCUAUCACGAGUGUCCUGUAUGGCCAUUACUUCUUUGGGAUCCUCUUUUAUGGACCGUGUGUAUGAGGUAGUAAGGUCCUCGGCUUUGAUUCAGCAGCUGAAAGACAAGAUAAAAAAUGGAGUUGCAGUGGAUGGGGGAUACCAAUUGAAACAAUCUGAUCUGUAUUGGCGUAAUCACUUGGUUAUUCCCCAUGACCAGCCAGAUCUGAUUAAAGCUAUUUUAGAUGAAUUUCAUGCCUCUGUUAUUGGGGGACACGCCGGCUUCCUUCGUACUUUGCACAAAGUAGCUCGUCUAUUUUUCUGGCCUAAAAUGCGGCAAGAUAUUCGCAUAUACGUGCAACAAUGUCGGAUCUGUCAACAAGCCAAAAGCUCCCAACUUCAUCCAGCGGGCUUACUACAACCCCUUCCUGUUCCAGAACGAAUAUGGGAGGAUAUUUCGAUGGAUUUUAUCACUGGCUUGCCAAUAGUUAAAGGGAACUCUGUUAUUCUAGUAGUCGUGGACCGCUUAUCGAAGUACGGCCACUUUCUUCCUUUGCCAGCGACUUUUUCUAGCACGUCAGUAGCUGAAGUUUUUGUCCAACACAUCGUAAAGCUACAUGGGAUUCCUAAAUCCAUUGUCACUGACCGAGAUAAGACAUCGAUUGGUAUGGUUCCCUUCAAGGUAGUCUAUGGUCGGGAUCCGCCUCCGGUGCUUCGUCACUCCUCUCUUGAAGAUACACCGCUGGACAUUCAUCAACAGUUGAUUCGGCGAGAUGAAGUACUAGAUACUCUGAAACAGAAUUUAUUGCGAGCACAGUGUCGCAUGAAGUACUAUGCUGAUCGCAAUCGCUCGGAUGUGGAAUAUCAAGUGGGUGAUAUGGUCUGGGUCAAACUCCGACCUUAUAGACAACAUUCCGUUGAAUUGCGUAAAUUCCACAAGCUUGCACUCCGUUAUUUCGGUCCAUUUAAAGUCUUGGAGCGCAUUGGCCGUGUUGCUUACAAGUUGGAGCUACCAACUCAUACCCGGAUCCAUCCCGUUUUCCAUGUUUCUACUCUGAAGAAAUUCUAUGGCGAGGUGGUCCCACCUCCGUUUGUGCCAUUACCAUUAUUGUCGGUUCCUGAAGGACCUCUAUUGCGACCUGUGGCUGUUUUGGAUUCUCGUGUGGUUCAGCAACGGGACAAAUGGGUCAAACAAUUUUUAGUGCAAUGGGACGGUCCAGAUGAGGAAUCAUGGGAGGAUGCCGCUGCUUUGGAGUCUCUUUAUCCUUCUCUGGACCUUGAGGGCAAGGAAGCCAUAAUCUGGUACGACGAGUGCAUGCUUCGCUAUUCCAACCGCUCCUUCUUCUCCACCGUCGAGACAUAUCCUCAAUUAUUCAUGUGGAACGUCGGCAAUAUGUCUCGGGAGGAAAGCUUCUCAGUGAUAUUGCCGUUUACGCUUAACUUGACGGUACAGGAGUUAGCCGAGGCUCCUUUUGGUGCUAAGAAAUUCAAUGCAACAGAAAUUCAUAUAACUAAUUUUGGACCUCUGACCUCCGGCUCCACCUCUUCCUCCGCCAAAUUCUUCCGGUAA